AUGGAUUUGUUGACAGAUACCGAACGGCGAUUAACCGUAGAACGACUCCUAAAGUACCAAGGCACCGCCAAGAUCGACCUGAACCAAAUCUCCCUCCAGCCACUCGUGAGCCGUGAGAUUGACCAGAAGAACGUGGAACGAUUACGUGAUAUCUUUGCCAAGGAUGGGUGCCAACGUCUUGACAUUCGAAACCACGUGACUGCUGUUGUCUCCAAGAAGCACCUCGACAGAGCAUGCCGUGCUGCAGGCCUGACCCCCGAAGAACUUAAAACUUGUCCACCGCAAUACCCCCGCCUUCUUUUUCGUGGGCAUCAAAUACAAUGCCUCCAUGGGCAACAUAGAUUGAAAGCUGCUGAGGAAACCUUACCUCCCUCAGACCGGUGCCGUGACCUAAGGACGGCACUCAUCGAUGAAUAUGCAAAUGAAAAGGCUCCCACUGAUGGAGAAGUGUACCGGAAAAUCCGCCAGUAUCAGCAGGAGGCGAACGCGCUCUUUCAGAAUCGUUGGUGGACCCGACUAUCGCCGAACAAAGCCAAGCGGCUGAGGCAGCUCACUUCCCCAGAUAAAACACAUCUCUGUGCAGCAUUUGACGCGUUACUUGUGAUCCCCGGGCUCUGGAAUGGGAUGAGCCUUGGGUUAUUAAACACAGUCCUGGCUUUAAAGUGUGAUGAAGUUGGUCGCACUCGUCGCUAUCUGCAGGCUUUUCCUGACUUAUUGUCUUAG